AUGAAAACGAAUACAGGAAAAGUUCGAAAAAGAAAAUCUAGCGAAACGAAACGGCGAAAAUUACGUGGUUCAGUUAUGAAAAUGCUCGCCGUAAUGGGAUCUAAUCCGGAAUCUAUAAAAGAUCAGGUAACGGAAUUUCUCGUCACGGGUAGAACCGGAAGGAGAAACGCUAUGCCGGAUAUACUCGGUCCGAACGCAACCGUAACGUCGAGCGAUUUACCCCAAAAAUUAGAAAUGUUAACAACCGUCGAUUCAGAAGCGGGACCUUCGUCGACGCCACCACAAAAAGUACAAGAAUCGAACACGAAAGAAGUCGUGGAAAAAGAAAAUGAUCGCAAAGAUUCUCCUCCGGUUAAGAAAGACGGAUAG